AGCCGGCCGCCGCUGCGGGGAUCCUCGGGACCCUUCCGGUCUCCGCGGCCAAUCCGUGCACGGCGGAGCGGGCGGACCGACGGGAGCGGAGGGAGCUCCGGGAGCCGCCGCCGCCGCCGCCGCGCAGGGGCGUGGAGGGCAGGGGCGGCCCAGGCCGCAGUUGCAAACAUGGCUCAGAGCAGAGACGGCGGAAACCCCUUCGCCGGGCCCGGCGAGCUUGACAACCCCUUUCAGGACCCAGCUGUGAUCCAGCACCGACCCAGCCCGCAGUAUGCCACCCUUGACGUCUACAACCCUUUUGAGACCCGGGAGCCCCCACCAGCGUACGAGCCUCCGGCCGCGGCCCCGUUGCCUCCCGCCUCGGCUCCCUCGUUGCAGUCUUCCAGAAAGCUCAGCCCUACAGAACCCAAAAACUAUGGUUCCUACGGCACCCAGGCCUCAGCUGCAGCAGCCACAGCCGAGCUGCUAAAGAAGCAGGAGGAGCUGAACCGGAAGGCCGAGGAGUUGGAUCGGAGGGAGCGGGAGUUGCAGCACGCCGCCCUGGGGGGCGCAGCCGCUCGACAGAACAACUGGCCCCCUCUACCUUCUUUUUGCCCAGUCCAGCCCUGCUUCUUCCAGGACAUCUCCAUGGAGAUCCCCCAAGAAUUUCAGAAGACCGUAUCCACCAUGUACUACCUCUGGAUGUGCAGCACGCUGGCUCUUCUUCUGAAUUUUCUUGCCUGCCUGGCCAGCUUCUGCGUGGAGACCAGCAAUGGCUCGGGCUUUGGGCUCUCUAUCCUCUGGGCCCUCCUUUUCACACCCUGCUCCUUUGUGUGCUGGUACCGGCCCAUGUACAAGGCCUUCCGGAGCGACAGUUCAUUCAAUUUCUUCGUUUUCUUCUUCAUUUUCUUCGUCCAGGAUGUGCUCUUUGUCCUGCAGGCCAUUGGCAUCCCAGGUUGGGGGUUCAGUGGCUGGAUCUCCGCUCUGGUGGUGCUGAAGGCCAACCCGGCGGUGGCCGUGCUCAUGCUGCUGGUCGCCCUGUUCUUCACUGGCAUCGCUGUACUGGGGAUUGUGAUGCUGAAGCGGGUGAGAGGCUGUGUUCGAGGUGGGGAGGUGGGCGGGAAGAGUGAGAUCAUGGGCCCCGAGGGGCCUGGGGAGGGGCGGUCAUUCUGGAGGAAGUCGGGAGGGCCUGGCUGACCGGAGGCUUCUCUGCUAAUGGACCUCUGGG